CAGCCCCAAGCAUCCAGUAUCGUGCAUCGAACCUGGACUGGCAACUCGUUUCAUACAUGAUAUUUUACAUGUUUCAAUGCCAUUCUUAAUACAUAUGGGACUUUUCCCCGUGGGCCCAGGCUGUGAUACAUAUACAUUUUAUAAUUAAAAUUAUGUAUUUCACAAUUACAUACAAGAGUAGAUAUUAACUGACAGCAUCAACUGCCAUCCAGUUUCAGAAGUAGCAUGUUAACAAAUAUAUUUAAAAAGGAUUAACAAAUAUGUGAGCCCCACCCCAUGGACGCUGGUCCCUGUCCCUUUUCUUCCCUCUCUGGCAUUACUGCCAUCCUGAAUUUGGUGUCACGUGCACAUGUCAAUUUGCUUUGGGGAGGAUAACUUUUCCUGGCAACCAUACCCAGUUAAGUAGACGAGAGCUCAAAAUACCACUUCCCGACAGACUGUAAUGUAAUCGCUCUCCUACAGUGGUCGGGGUGAGCCUCCAAAAUGGUUUUCUUGGCUGACCUUCCCAUUUUCCAUUGUGCCGGUCCCACAAGGGUUUGUGUGGAAGGACAUGGAUCGACUGAAGCUUUUGGUGUUGCUGAUGUGGCAGAAUCUUCCAGACAGGUGACCCCUGAUGACUCAUCACAGACCCGGAGUCCUGAGGGAGACCAAAGGGCAGUUUCUUAUUGACCACAUCUGCAACUACUACAGUUUGCUGGAGAAGGACUACUUUGGCAUUCGUUAUGUGGACCCAGAGAAGCAGCGGCACUGGCUUGAACCUAACAAGUCCAUCUCCAAGCAAAUGAAAUCUCAUCCACCAUACACCAUGUGCUUUAGAGUGAAAUUCUACCCACAUGAACCCUUGAAGAUUAAAGAAGAGCUCACCAGAUAUCUUUUGUACCUGCAAAUUAAAAGAGAUAUUUUCCAUGGUCGACUGCUCUGCUCCUUUUCAGAUGCUGCCUACCUGGGUGCUUGUAUCGUUCAAGCUGAGCUUGGUGAUUACGAUCCUGAUGAGCAUCCUGAGAAUUACAUCAGUGAAUUUGAGAUUUUCCCCAAGCAGUCACAGAAGCUGGAAAGAAAAAUAGUGGAAAUCCAUAAAAAUGAACUCAGAGGACAGAGCCCACCAGUUGCUGAAUUUAACUUACUCCUGAAAGCUCACACUUUGGAAACCUAUGGGGUGGAUCCUCACCCGUGCAAGGAUUCAACAGGCACAACAACAUUUUUAGGAUUCACCGCUGCAGGCUUUGUGGUAUUCCAGGGAAAUAAGAGAAUCCAUUUGUUAAAGUGGCCAGAUGUCUGCAAAUUGAAGUUUGAAGGGAAGACAUUUUAUGUGAUUGGCACCCAGAAGGAGAAAAAAGCCGUGUUGGCAUUUCAUACUUCAACACCAGCUGCCUGCAAGCAUCUUUGGAAGUGUGGGGUGGAGAACCAAGCCUUUUAUAAGUAUGCAAAAUCCAGUCAGAUCAAGACAGUGUCAAGCAGCAAGAUAUUUUUUAAAGGAAGUAGAUUUCGAUAUAGCGGUAAAGUUGCCAAAGAGGUGGUGGAAGCCAGCUCCAAAAUCCAGAGAGAACCCCCAGAGGUGCACAGAACAAAUAUUUCUCAGAGCCGCAGCUCCCACUCCUUGAACAAGCAGCUCAUCAUUAACAUGGAGCCCCUGCAACCCUUGCUGCCUUCCCCCAGCGAGCAGGAAGAGGAACUUCCACCAGGUGAGGCUCUAGCAAGGACUUCCACUAUUGUGCUGAAUAGGAAUGGUGUUCCAUUGCCCAAAGAAGAUAUAUCUGCUCCCUUGAUAUCCAGCUCACCAGUGAAGGAAUCCCACGAGUAUGAAGAGCCGUCAAGUGAAGAGGAAGAUAAAAUAAAAGAAGAACCCUUGACAAUCUCUGAACUGGCAUACAACCCAAGUGCCAGUCUACUCCCUACCCCGGUUGAUGAUGAUGAGAUUGACAUGCUCUUUGACUGUCCAUCUAGGCUGGAGUUGGAAAGAGAAGACACAGAUUCAUUCGAGGAACUGGAAGCAGAUGAAAAUGCCUUUUUAAUGGCAGAAGAGGAGGAGAUGAAGGAGGCUCGCCAAGCUUUGUCAUGGAGCUAUGACAUUCUGAGUGGCACUAUUCGGGUGAACCCACUGGUCAAGAGUUUUUCCCGGCUCCUUGUGGUGGGCCUGGGCCUGCUGCUCUUUGUAUUUCCCCUGCUCCUCCUCCUUUUGGAGUCAGGUAUUGAUCUCUCCUUCUUAUGUGAAAUCCGCCAGACGCCUGAGUUUGAGCAGUUUCACUAUGAAUACUACUGUCCUCUCAAGGAGUGGGUGGCUGGCAAAGUCAACCUCGUACUUUACAUGUUGGGUUGCUCAUAAAGCUCAUUUCUCAUAUGACUAAGGGCUAUAUUCAAUACUAGUGAUUUGGUUUUUUUUUUUUUUUUUUCCAGCAAAUGCCUGGUUCUGAAUGGUCAUGGGACCAUCAAUAGGUGUUCUUACUCAUAACUGAUUAUUCAGAGCUUUAAGUUAGCUUUCCAUAAUUCACUGCAAGUAAGUUUAAAUCAAACACAGUUAUUUUAGUUAUAGGUCAGGAAGAUGACCUCUAAAUAACCAAAAAUAUGUUUAUUUUUUAUUAUAGUACAGACAUACUCUUUAUCUAUUAUAAUACAUUGAGCUGAAUUAGAUUUUUUUUUUUUAACAGCAUCAUUACAAGCUAUAAGGUUCAGAAUCAGAGUUUUAGUAAAAACCCAAGGGAAAAUUUUUUGAAUAUAAUCCUUAGUGAGAACAAUGUCCUCUAACCAAUGCCUAUACAACUAAAUUUAUGCUGGGCUUUUGCUUUUGUUUUUUUAAAAAUAUUUUUAUGUGUUCAAAAUAUUUUGGUAAAUUUUUAGCAAAAAAAAAAAAAAAAAAGGAGCUUCCUGGAGUUAUUUAAGUGUACAGAUUGUAAGACUAAUGCACAAAGGGUAUGUCAGGAAUUUUUAAUGUCUUGGCACUGGUUUGUUUUUUAAAAUAUUUUUGGCUGAACAAUCACAUAAUUGUUAUUAUCUGCAUAUGAGAUAGAAAAAUAGGUAGAAAAACACUGUAGAAAAUAAGCUCCUGAAAUGGAUGAUGGAACUGGAGGAAGUAGAAAUUGCGAGCAUCAAGAGGACACAGGGUGGUCCAUUUUUCAAAAUAUUUGGACAAGAUGACUUGUUACUUUCAUUUGCAUUCUGUCCAUAUGUGUUGGCUGAGGCAAUGGAAUGUUUUUAAAAGAAAGUGAAAUUUUUAAAGGAAAAUAGUUAAAGGAGAUGCUAGUUAAUUGUGUAUUAUUGUACAUUAACCCAAGAGUGGAAGCAAAUGGGAAUUGGACAAAUGGCAAGUAGCAAAACGAGUUCUGAUGAGACUGAUAGGCAAGUGGCGGUAGACAAACGAUUUUAUGAAAGUGAUGGUGAUGCAAGGUUCUGGAUGAUGUAAAGAACAGUAAACUCGCUGUCCAAGUGGACAUGAAUAUGUCUAAGUGGAUCUAAAUAAAAGUGGAGAAACUUGAAGGCACAUUUUUUGAUCCGUCAUGCCAUUCAUUGAGAUUCUGUGGAAGAAAUUUUAAAAGAAAGAGUUCUAUAUGUGUGUGAAAGAGAGCAAGAGAGUCAGAAAGAAUGUGAGGAGAAUAUCUUGGCUUUUUGAUAAAUGCCUAUGAUCUUCCUCUGUGGUAGUCAUUAUACUCUUUCCCUUUCCUGGUUUCCUUAGGAUCUUAUUCAUAAUUGGGACUCUCAUUAAGAAACUGGAGGGGACUCAUUAGAUAAUAUACCAUUUCAGCUUGGAUGAAGUAGUGAAAUGACCCCCUAACUAGAUAGUAAGUGGGACAAAUGCUCUCGUACCUUCCUUCAUACCACUGAAUCCAUGACAGAAAGAAAGGCUCUGACGCCUUGCAUGCAGAGUGCAUACCAAUACUGUGAAAGAAGAGGGUACAGUACAGAGCUUAAGGCACAGAGCAUAGUGAUUUUUCCAUAAAAUGUAAAUGAAGACAUGGAAUGUUUUCAUGGGAUGGGCUACCUAUAAUCUCUCCUAACUUCAGCUCUACCAUUAGUAUAAUUUCCAAAACGGCCAUUCCAGUCCUACUCAUUCAUGGAGCCCUGAGUGCUUUAUUAGACAUUUGAUUUUGUAAAUACAUUUUUAAAAGUCAGCUCAUGAAGACUUCAGUUCAGCAAACUAUACUAUACUUUGCUAUUCAGUUUACAGGGUGGUCUUUCUCAUGUGCAUUGAGUGACUGAUUUUUCUUUUAAAUAAAGAUUAUUUGAUACCAAUA